ACAUGAGGAUCCACACUGGAGAGAAGCCAUUCACAUGUGAUCAGUGUGGAAAGAGCUUCAAUCAAUCAUCAAACCUUAAAGUUCACAUGAAAAUCCAUACUGGAGAGAAGCUGUUCAAGUGUGAUCAAUGUGGGAAGAGUUUCAGACAACCAACAAAUCUUAAUGUUCACAUGAGGAUCCACACUGGAGAGAAGCCGUUCACAUGUGAUCAGUGUGGGAAAACAUUUAUUGGGUCAUCAAACCUGAAGAGACACCAGACAGUUCAUAUGAAGGAGAAGCCACAUUCAUGUUCUGUGUGUAGAAAGAGUUUCUCACUGCUGCAAACUUUACAAACACAUCAGAAAAUACAUACUGGUGUGAGAGAGUACAUGUGCUUUGAGUGUGAGAAGACAUUCAUUUCAGCUGACCAUUUAAAAGUGCACCAGAGAAUUCACACUGGAGAAAAACCUUACAAGUGUUCACACUGUGACAAGAGAUUCAAUCGGUCAUUCGAUCUGAAAACUCAUGAGAGGAUCCACACUGGAGAAAAACCUUACAAGUGUUCACACUGUGACAAGAGAUUCAGUCAGUCAUCACAUCUGAAAACACAUGAGAGGAUUCACACUGGAGAGAAGCCGUUCACGUGUGAUCAGUGCGGAAAGAGUUUCACUAUUAAAAGUCACCUGAAGAAACACAUGAAGAUCCAUACAGUGGAGAAACCACAUGACCACAGUCUGAAACCACAAAUAGGUUCAUCCUUAUGUGCUGAGAAACAAAAUCUCUUCAGUGAAAGACAGUCACAGUUAAAUCACUCCAUCUCUACCUUUUUCUGGUGGUACCCAGAGACCAUAAAAUCUGAACACGUAGUUGCAGAGGGUUUCGGCGGUCUCCAUGGCAGAGAGGGCUCGGCCAAGACUGGAGAGGGCUCAGCGGAGAUUGGAGAGGGCUCGGCGGAGAUUGGAGAGGGUUCGGCCGAACCUGGAGAGAGCUCGGUGGAGAGUGGAGAGAGCUCAGCCAAAACUGGAGAGGGCUUGGCCUUCUUCCUCUUCCUCCUCUUGGACCGCCUGGACUCAGAGGGUUGUGAACCCGCAGGACACGGGGACAGUUCACCGGUGGGCCAGUCCAGAAAAAGGGCAUUUAAGCAAGCAUCUGACCAAUUCGUCAGAAAAGCUAACUCAACAAACUCCUCCACAUACCUCUCCAGCGAAUGUCCGUCCUGCAAGAGUCCAAUAAGGCAGUCUGCAGCCGACAUAGGUGUGGGAGGCACGGGAGAAGCAGGAGCCUGGAAGACAGCAGAAAGGCUCAUCUUGUUUGACCCAAUAGAAGAGAGUGAGGAGAGCGAAGAACUGAGUGAAGUGGAGGAGGAACAUCAUGACAAACCUGGAGAAAAACCUUUGAGUCGCUCAAAGACUAAAAAGACAUUUUUAAAGAAAAGAAGAGCCAAGAAAUCUACAACCUGCACUCAGUGUGGGAAGAGUUUCACAACCAAACAAAGUCUUGAUGUUCACAUGAGAGUUCAUACUGGAGAGAAGCCAUUCACAUGUGAUCAGUGUGGAAAGAGCUUCAAUCAAUCAUCAAACUUUAAUGUUCACAUGAGGAUCCACACUGGAGAGAAGCCGUUCACAUGUGAUCACUGUGGAAAGAGUUUCAGUCAAUCAUCAUAUCUUAACGUUCACACGAGGAUUCACACUGGAGAGAAGCCGUUCAAGUGUGAUCAAUGUGGAAAGAGUUUCACAAACAAACAACAACUUAAUGCUCACAUGAGGAUCCACACAGGAGAGAAGACGCACACAUGUGAUCAAUGUGGGAAAACAUUUCUUAGGUCAUCAGAGCUGAAGAUACACCUGAAAGUUCAUAUGAAGGAGAAGCCACAUUCAUGUUCUGUGUGUGGAAAGAGAUUUUCACUGCUACAAACUUUACAGAGACAUCAGAAAAUACACACUGGUGUGAGAGAGUACAUGUGCUUUGAGUGUGAGAAGACUUUUAGUACAGGGAGCGAAUUAAAACUGCAUGAGAGAAUUCACACUGGAGAAAAACCUUACAAGUGUUCACACUGUGACAAGAGAUUCAGUCAGUCAUCACAUCUGAAAACACAUGAGAGGAUCCACACUGGAGAAAAACCUUACAAGUGUUCACAAUGUGACAACAGAUUCAGUCAGUCACAUCAUCUUAAAAGACAUGAGAUGAUUCACACUGGAGAGAAACCGCACAUGUGUGAUCAGUGUGGAAAGAGUUUCGCUAUUAAAAGUUACCUGAAGCAACACAUGAAGAUCCAUGCAGUGGAGAAACCACAUGACCACAGUCUGAGAUCACAAGUGAAUAUGGGCAUGGUUCCAAAUCUCCUCACUGCGCUGUAUGGGCUCCAGUCCAGACUGAUGGUUAUGACAGUAGGUUCUGGGAAAGCGAGUGAGCUCUUGGUUCAGCUACUCUGUCUGGCCGUUGGACUGUGGGUGGUACUCAGAGCAUCCGGCUUGGGCUGUGACAGUGGGAAGAUCCUAACCUUGGGAGGUGUAGUGCCAGGAGGGAGCUCAAUGGAACAGUCCCAGGAGCGAUGUGGUGGUAGUUGCGAUGCCUUGGUCUUGCUGAAGGCCUCAGGGAGAAUGACGUAUUCGUUUGGAAGACCGGGAACCUCGGGCUUGGGUGAGAGAGAUGGUGCUGACUGGAAUGAGCAGCUGGUGAUGUGUGAAAUUCGGCCCUCUCUGAGCGGCCGACCGUCUAGCGCCUCCACUGCCAAGCGAGAAGCACAGGGGGAGGAGAGUGAAGAACUGAGUGAAGUGGAGGAGGAACAUCAUGACAAACCUGGAGAAAAUUAUUUGAGUCGCUCAAAAAAUAAAAAGACAUUUUUAAGGAAAAGAGGAGCCAAGAAAUCUGCAACCUGCACCCAGUGUGGAAAGAGUUUCACGUACAAAUGUCAUCUUGAGAUUCACAUGAGAAUUCAUACUGGAGAGAAGCCGUACACAUGUGAUCAGUGUGGGAAGAGCUUCAAUCGAUCAUCAAACCUUAAAGAUCACACAAGGAUUCACACUGGAGAGAAGCGACAUGCAUGUGAUCAGUGUGGAAAGAGUUUCAUACAAAGAGCAAACCUGAAAGUUCACAUGAAAAUCCACACUGGAGAGAAGCUGUUCAAGUGUGAUCAAUGUGGAAAGAGUUUCACAUACAAAAAAACACUUAAUGUUCACAUGAGGAUCCACACUGGAGAGAAGCCGCACACAUGUGAUCAGUGUGGGAAAACAUUUAUUGGGUCAUCAAACCUGAAGAUACACCUGACAGUUCAUACGAAGGAGAAGCCACAUUCAUGUUCUGUGUGUGGAAAGAGUUUUUCACGGCUGGGAAAUUUACAGAGACAUCAGAAAAUACACACUGGUGUGAGAGAGUACAUGUGCUUUGAGUGUGAGAAGACUUUUAGUACAGGGAGCGAAUUAAAACUGCAUGAGAGAAUUCACACUGGAGAAAAACCUUACAAGUGUUCACACUGUGACAAGAGAUUCAGUCUGUCAUCACAUCUGAAAACACAUGAGAGGAUUCACACUGGAGAAAAACCUUACAAGUGUUCAUACUGUGACACAAGAUUCAUUCAGUCAGCAAAUCUGAAAACACAUGAGAUGAUCCACACUGGAGAGAAACCGCACAUGUGUGAUCAGUGUGGAAAGAGUUUCUCUAUUAAAAGUAACCUGAAGCGACACAUGAAGAUCCAUGCAGUGGAGAAACCACAUGACCACAGUCUGAAAUCACGAUAAGUUCAUCUUUAUGUGCUGAGAAACAAAGUCUCUUCAGUGAAAGACAGUCACAGUUAAAUCACUCCAUCUCCACCUUUUUCUGGUGAGCACACUGGUGUAGGGCUGCUAUUAACAAUUAUUUUGAUAAUCUACUAGAAAAACUGAACAAUAUUUUUUCUCUAAUAAAUGUGUCAUAUAAAACAUAUGAAAUAUGAAGUAAACAUCAACAAACAAUUGCUUGUUCAAAAAAGUCUACCUUUCAAAUUUUCAUACACUAAAAACACAUUACAUUGAGUAAAAUUUACUUAAUUUUUUCUUUUGCAAGUUUUUGUAUACAUAUUUUUUAAGUAAAUUUCUAAUUAGUAUACUCUACUUCAAUAAGUUAAGUAAAAUUAACAAAGAAAAUAAGUAAUUUGAACUAGGUUCUUUUGCAGUACAUUUUACUCAAACAAUAUUAACUGAAUUAAAGUACACUUUUAAAGUGUAUGCUUUACUUAGAAACAUCCAAUUCAAUAAUACAAUAGAUAUUGUGUAGACACCAUAUCUACAUAUUAGAAGUAACACGGCACCUGAACACAGAGACCUCAGUACUUGGUUCACAAUACACAACGACUGUAACAUUUGAUGGGUCGUAUUUGAGUGUGAAUGUGCCAUUUUGAGUAGAAAACUAACUCCAAAUGUCACAAAAUGUCAAGUUAGUAAACAUAACCACAAAAGCAAUGAUAAAACAGUGUAAAGACAGUGAAGAAUCAACCUCAUUCAUUUUUCAACGGGAACACCAGUAUCAAAAAAGUUGUGUGUGUGUGUGUGUGUUGUGAGGCUUCUUUUCUCAACCCAAAAGCUUUAUUAGUUGUUUAGAUUGAUACCUUGUUGAUUGAUUUCUCUUCAGUGUUAUGAUGUUAUCACUCUUGUGGUAACUGGCGCCUACUACAAGAAUUUUUUGUUUGUUUGUUUGUUGGUUUUGCAAGUUAUUAUUUUGUUUAUAUCUACUUCUGUUAUUGUUCUCUACAUACAAAGUUUAUAUUGUUAAUUCUUUGGGAAGGGAUUGGUAGAGAGGUGGGCGCCAUUUUCUUUAUAUCUUGUUUUCUCCUGUUUAAGCUAGCUAGGGAGUUAGUUUGUUUUUAUUGUAACUUUUUUGUAGCUUAGUUAGUUUCUCCCUAAUAUGUAGAGCGUUUAUGUUUGUUAUUUUGGCUUUGCCCCCUCUUGAAUCCUUGAAAUUCUCCCACAUUUGUAAAAUAAAGAACUUGUUUUUGAUAUUGAGUUGACUUUGGUCUUUGUUAAAGCACUGGUGUUGGGAAUCGAAUCUUGCUGUCACCAUUUUAUUCUGUUACCUGUUCCUCCAACCCUAGACCAUAGACUGUAAAAAAUAUGGACGUAGUGUCCGUGACGUCAACGAUAGAUUUCUGAACAGCAGUUUUAACGCGUAAAUGAGGCCGCGGCCAUCUUAGCUGCG